CCUCCUCUCAAAACUCCUCCAACCACCAAACUUUACUGUCCUUUUUCCCCUUCUUGAUUCUUCCAUCUCCAACGGAAUCAAGCUUCAUAAUAAGAGGGGCUUUGUCUUAAAAUCAUACAUUUUUUUGAUUAGCUAUUUAGCACGCCAGUUGACGGAGUAAGCGGAGGCGGUGGAGGACUCGAUGACGACGUCCUCGUGAGAACUUCAUCAUCAGCAGUGCUGGUUAUGCAGUAGCAAGCUUGUUGCUUCAACCCAAGGAUAGACAUAACGGCAAUCUACUCUUUGACAACGUGGGGAGACUUGUUCACAUCGAUUUUGGUUUUAUUUUGGAAACUUCCCCUGGUGGAAAUAUGCGAUUUGAAAGUGCCCAUUUUAAAUUGAGUCAUGAAAUGACUCAAUUAAUUGACCCAUCUGGUGCAAUGAAAAGUGACACUUGGCAUCUUUUUGUGAGUUUGUGUGUGAAGGGUUAUCUUGCUGCUCGGCGUUACAUGGAUGGGAUUGUGAACACAGUCUUGUUAAUGUUAGAUAGCGGAUUGCCUUGCUUUAGCAGGGGUGACCCUAUCGGAAAUCUUAGAAAGAGAUUUCACCCUGAGAUGAGCGAUCGUGAGGCUGCCAAUUUCAUGAUCCGAACGUGUACAGAUGCCUACAAUAAAUGGACAACUGCUGGUUACGAUUUGAUUCAAUAUUUGCAGCAGGGUAUAGAGAAGUGAGGAAUUAUUGUGUGGAUCUUCUCCGCUGUAAUUUUCCUAUCAUUUUGUUGCUCAAAUCGUACAGGCAAAUUUUUUGGAGGGAUUGCGAGAAUGUGUGUUAAUAAUGCGCUGAGUCUUUGUAGAGGUGUGUAUAUUCCUAUUGUCUGUGAAAAUGAAGAAGAAGAUCUUGCACAUUUGUUGUGGAA